AGUCAGCCCACCCAAGCAUUCAGAACGUUCCCUCUUUCAGUCCACUUUAAGCCCCACUCCAUGCUUCGGUUGCCUAAAUCAAGUCCUCACGAGCGAGGACAAUUCCCAGAACUCCCUGCGCUGUAGGCUCCAUGGGCACCCAGAAACUUCAAGUCCCAGAGUUCCGUGCGGCGGCGACUCCCGCGAGUUGGAGAUGGCCGGGCCCCCGGCUUCUCCGCGCCGCUCGCUCUACAAACUGGUGGGCUCUCCGCCAUGGAAGGAGGCUUUCAGGAAGGGCUGCCUGGAGAGAAUGCGAAACAGCCGGGACAGGCUUCUGAGCAGGUUCCGCCAGGCUGGCGGCUGCGUGCCUGGGCCGGCCCCGAAUGCCCUGCUGGCGCGGGAGGUGAUGGAGGAGGAGUGGAGGGCUCUGCGGUCCAUGGAGGACUCUCCCGAGCACUUGGCUCAGUUGGGGUUGCCCGUGGACCUGGCCGUGCUGGAGGAGAUCCAGCAGGAGCUGGUUGACCAAGAACUGUCCAUUAUCAGCGAGUAUGAGAAUAGCCUGCAGUUCGAUGAAAAGUGUCUGAGCAUCAUGCUGGCUGAAUGGGAAGCCAACCCUCUCAUCUGUCCUGUGUGUACAAAGUACAACCUGAGAAUAGCAGGCGGUGUGGUCACGUGUCCAUGUGGCCUGUCCAUCCCAUCCCACUCUCCAGAGCUGACGGAGCAGACACUCCGUGCCUGUUUAGAGGACAGCAUAAGUGAGCACAGCGCCCACUGUCCGCACACCCCAGAAUUCUCUGUCACCGGGGGCAUGGAGGACAAGCCCAGCCUUCUCAUGAGCUGUCUGGGCUGUGACACCUGGGCUGUGAUCCUCUAGCGCCAGCUCCCAGCGCUCUGCUGUGCUGACAUGACACCCUCCCCAUGACAGAGGCCUUGUAUAUACCUGCCAUUAAUUUAUAAUUUAUUUUAUAUUAAAAAUUUUCAAAUACC